AUGGCUCCCACAGGACGUUUCAUCCAAGAUUCUUGUAAAUACGCGGAGCAGAGGGGGCACCAGGUCCAGCUCUACAACUCCCUGUCGACCAACCUCCGCGCCGCCGUCACCUUCGUCUUCAUCCUCCUCACGUUUCUGAGCGUCGUCUUCGGCUGCACCACCCUCGUCUUCUCCACCAACCACCACCUGACCAUCCCCUGGGCCACCUUCAUAGCCUUCGGCGCCACGAUGCUGGCGCUUCUCGUCCUCUUCGGCGCCCUGCGUUGGUGGCACUACGCCCGCCCGCGUCUGCCCAAGAUGUCCAUCAACUGCUACGGCUGCCGGACGAACAUCCUCAGCACCGAGCCUCAGGACUUCCUCGGUAUCGGGAGUGGCGACGGCAGCCCUAUCGACACAUCGACCAGGACUGGUCUCGUCAUCGCCUGGGUCUCUCUUCAGAUCGUUUCCGUGGCGGACAUGAUCUUUGGACACAAGAUGCCCUCCCGGGUGCCUCCGCUCAGGGCAGAUGAUGAACAACGAGUCGGUAGCGGGUUAGACGUCAACCCUAGGGCUAUCCGCCGGAUAGAAGACGAGGGAGAGGCACAUCAUGAGCCCACGAGGUCGGGUGUGAUUGUGACAGAGGAGCCUUCUAACCUAGCACCCCGUGAUCAAGAGAAGCAUCGGUCCAAUGCGCGGACGAACGCGAAGCCUUCUCACAUCAAGUCGCACAGCUACCACGGAGGUCAUGUCGACCACAGUGCUGCGCCGGAGAACGUCUCUGGCAUCCACAGAAAGCCGCAGAAGGACUGGGACGAGCUCAGGCGCCAUCACGAUAAGAACCACGUCCCGCUGCAUCGACAGGGUCGGGAGUUUCGCCUGUCUCGAGUGGACUUGGGUCAACCCAACAAGCAUUUGCAGGUGCCGCGGAGUGGUGUUCAGGGCUCUUCCUGCCCGAGGAGUUGA